AGUCGGACCGUGUGUUUCGCGCUAGGGUGUUAUACUGUUGUCGUUUCUCGUUUAUCUCUUCAAUUCAUAAUGUUUAGAUAAUUUCACGUAUUAUAAAGAAUUUGUAGUUUAGUAUUUUCUUAGUUUGUCCCCGCUCGCUCUUUGUGUAAAUUAAGUAACCAACAAGCUGUGCUAUUAAAUGGUCGUUCGAGAUUGGUGUUAAAAUUGUACAUAAUAUAGUUUAUUUAUGCUUCCAAUAGUAUUCAUCCGUCAACGUGUGUCUUAUAUUAACAUUGUGUACAAAUACCUAUGGGAUAACUCCAAAUGCUGUGAACUUUUAUUCAUAACACUCAAGUGAAAAUAAAUACUGGACACAAAUUGGAGAAGCUGCAGAUAAUAUGCGUUGCAGUUCACAUCGACGUCACUCCUAAAAACGAAUAACACGGGGACGAAUCGCAUAGCUGAGACAUGUCUUGUGUGCGAGAAUCGUCGCCACAACCCGAGCACGCCGUCAGUCAAAGACCGGAACCCCCAAAAAGGAGACGUUUCAACCCGCUCAGGGGCUUACGGCGAAUAUUUCGUCGCAAGGUCCCAGCCGCCAGUCUCGAUGCUAGCGAAGCGCUUAAUUCUGGCGAAGAAACGACUUCCGACCAAUCGGCCAACAAUAAGUUGGACCCGUCCCGAAGCCGUUCUACUAGUAUGCUGAUCGACGAACCGUUUAACCGAAGACCGAGUUUACACUCGACGUUGCUGAGCGUUAGCCAUGACAGUGUGUUCAACCCCGAACAGCAUUCCGGUCAGUCCGAUUCCGAGUCGGCAGUGUCAGUACCAAGAUUGGGUUUUCCGCUACACGCCAACUUAAUACAAGCCGAGUUAUUGGAAGCGGUGAGAAGGCGCAGACCAAAAGUCCAAGACGACGACGAUGUCGACGACGGACUCCCGCGAAGUCCAUCAAUGCAUUCGCCUACCAUAGCCACCGGCAAUGAUCUCCUGUUGAGCAAAGAAUUGAUAACAAAAUCUUCGCACAGCACCUGCAGUGAUGGAUCGCUUCUCAGUAUGGGAAGUUCCGAAAUGGACGAAGACUCAUUCGGUGGUCAUAUUUCUCGUCAUUCGUCAAAAAUGUCAUUAUACGAUAAACACACAUCUCAAACUCAUCUGGAUAGUUCAGAUGGGGAUUCUUCAACAAGUGUUCCUCUGAGCCAUAGUGCAGCCAAGCAUCGAAUGGCAAUCAGGCCAAAAAGAAAGCACGGCAAUCCUCGUAAUAAAAAGCCUCUUACUGUGGCCACUGCUCUUCCCGCUACUCCUGAAGUGAACGAAGAGCACUCUGGGCGGUCAGUGUCACCCGAGACCAAACCUCAAACCGAUACUGCAGAUGGCACUACUUGCACUUCCCGAGACCUCGACACUUGCAUUGAUGAAAUAUCCAUUGAAAACGUUCCAAAACGCGAAGAAGGCUUUUUUCACCGCUUACUGUCACGCCGUAGCACUAAGAAAAAGACAAAACCUGAAGAAGAUGUGGAUAAAUUUCUUUUCGAUGACGCGGUAGCAGCUAAACCCCGGCAGCGAGAAGAGCCUCCACCUGCCAGCCGCAUGCAAAUAUCCUAUCCUCCUGAUCUUCCAUUCGACCAUCCGAUUACACCGCCGCCACAUACGCCAUUGGCUGAGGACAUCUUAGAACCCGACACAUUCACGCCUAUUAAGAAGUCAUUUAGUCUAAGGCAAACUGACGAUGAGAUGUCUAGUGGAUCUGUUCAGAAGUCUUCGUCAUCGGACAGUGUGUCUAGUGUAAUGGAUGAAAAUUCUGAACGCUAUCGUAGCUAUAGCUCUAGCGACUCUGAACCCCGUUUGUUACCAGUUCCAGCACCACGGCUAUCCAAACUUGGCACAGAGGUGCUUAGAAGGAAAAAACGGGACGACGAACCCGAGUUGCUGAAAGUAUUUGCCAGGAGGUCAUUAAAACUAGGUAAAGAUGGCGAGCCGGAAUUAUUGAGCAGUGACAAAGAGAAUGAGUAUAACAUAAUACAAAGUAUGAGCGAAGAAGCUGAAAAUGAGAUUAUUGUUAAAAAGAGUGAACCGCAAGUAGAUGUUAAUGAAAACCAAACAGAAAUACCUCGGUUUAAACGAAUACAACAGCGUAGAGAGGAGUGGGAGAAGAGACUGCAAAAGAAUUAAUUAAUUCUGAAUGUUUCCCCCAUCAUAACUAAGGGUUAAGAAUUAUUAUUAUAUAAGAAGUUAGAUAUUUAUUUUUAUUGCAUUGCUUUUAUCCUUUCUACAUAGAACGGUGCUAGAUGAUGGUUAUAUAUUUACCCGAGUGGCCUUAUACGAAAUAGGUUGUGAAUUAUAGAUACAAUAUUUACCCAAUUGUUUGAAACUGUUUAAAUGAUUUAUAUUUUUCAAAGUAGAUAAAACUAUUAAUAGGAAAAAUUAACCAAAUUUUACCAUUUUUUCCUUCUAUUAUUUUUUAUAUAAAGAUAUAUAAUAUGUAUAUUAUAUGAUAUAACGAUUAAUUAAUACAAUUUAUAAAAAAAAUAUCUUCACAGUAAUACUGUUUGUUCAAAUGAUAUUUUUUCAUUAGAUUGAAAAGUUUGUAAAGUCUAUUUUAACAUUAUCAAUAGUAAAUAUGUUAUUUUUAGAAGAAGGAAAAAAAACGAUAUUCGUUUAUAUGACAAUUACUCAUCUGUGAUUCCAUCUCUACCAUUUGAGACAUUUAAAUUAUAUUAAAUUGUAUUAUUGUCCCUGUCCCUAAAAGUUCCUUUUCCCAUAUAAUAUAAGGCCAUUGAUAAUUUUGAUUUGUUAACAGUGUAAUGUAAGCAGACAAUUUGUAGUUUUUACAAAUAUACAACAUAAAAAAAUUGACGCACAACUAAAAAAUCGUAAAAAUUGUUUGUACUUGUACGAUUCUUAUAUUAUAUAUUUACAAAUUGGUGUUUACUUUACUUUGUAACUCAUUAACAUAAAGACUUUCUUACCACUUAAGACAAUACACCUUAUUGAAGAGCUGAUUGUUGUAAAAUAGAAUUUCUCGUUAAGUACAGUUAUUGCUUUUCAAAAAUCGGCCGAUCAAAUGGUUUUAUAGUGAUAUUUAAAUAGAUUAGUUGUUACGUUUUAAAUGUUUAAUCAAAAGCAAUCUAUUAAACUUUUCAUUUUCAAAACCUAACCUCAUUGUGAUUAAUUCACCUUAUUUUAUUUUUUUUAUAUGAAUAACAUGUAAAUUAUUUUUUUCUAAAUCAUUAUUUCAAUUAUUGUAUGGUAAAAUAAAUGAUGUAUUUUUCAAAAUCUGCUUAUUUUUGUAUGUUAUAAUUUAUGAAUGUUGAGAUGAAUUAUUUUUUAAACCACAAGAAUCGACGGUUAUAAAUAUUAUGUUAU